AUGACUUCGUGCUUUGUGCCCAACGGGGCCAGUUUGGAGGACUGCCACUCCAACCUCUUCUGCCUGGCUGAUUUGACUGGGAUAAAAUGGCGACGCUUUGUGUGGGAAGGGCCCACCUCGUCGCCCAUCCUCUUCCCCGUGACCGAGGAGGACCCCAUCUUGUGCAGUUUCAGCCGGUGCAUGGCUGCCGAUGUGCUGAGCGUGUGGAGGCGGCAUCACACGCCGGGUCGCCGGGAGCUCUGGCUCUUUUGGUGGGGUGAUGACCCCAGCUUCGCCGAACUCAUCCACAACGAGCUUUCGAGCGAAGAGGUUGGCGAAUGGGAGAGUGGCCUGUCCUACGAGUGCCGCACACUCCUUUUCAAAGCCAUCCACAACCUGCUGGAGCGCUGCCUCAUGAACCGCGGCUUUGUACGCAUCGGCAAGUGGUUCGUGAAGCCCUAUCAGAAGGACGAGAAAGUCAUCAACAAAAGCGAGCACCUGUCCUGCGCGUUCACAUUCUUUGUGCACGGUGAUAGUAAUGUGUGCACCAGCGUAGAAAUUGCGCAGCACCAGCCUCUGCAGCGAUUAAGUGAAGAGCACCUGAGCCUCGCCCAGCAAAGCUCCAGCCCAUUGCAAGUCAUCUUGAGCCCCUAUGGCUUAAACGGAACUCUUACGGGCCAGGGCUUCAAGAUGUCGGACCACCCGACUCAGAAGCUCAUCGAAGAGUGGAGGCAGUUCUAUCCCAUCAGCCCCAAUCCCAAAGAGGUCCAGGAGGAAAAGAUGGAGGACGGUGAUUGGGAGGAUGACUCCUUAGCAGCAGUGGAGGUCCUCGUUGCUGGGGUGAGGAUGGUGUAUCCUUCCUGUCUGGUACUUCUACCCCUCACGGACCUCCCCACGGUCAUCCCUCAAGGCGCAUCAAACACCUCAGGAAACAUGUGCGGCACUCAGUCAGGCCAGGCCGCCCACAGAGAUCCCGCCAUGUCCUCUGUCACGCUUACGCCACCGACGUCACCAGAGGAAGCUCAGACUGACUAUCAGCCAGCACAGAGAUGGCAUAAAUUGUCUUCUGCGUCCGACGGCUACAAUUCCAACAAUACUCUUCAUGGGGGAAAAAUUCCCCGCAGGCUGGCCAGCCACAUGGUGGAGUCCGUUUGGCAGGAGUGUAACAUAAACCGCACAGGGAACAAGAGGAAGUUUACAACCUUGACCAAUGGGACAUGUGAGGAGGACGGAGGUAAAACUGCGCUGUGGGAUUUUGUUGAGCCCGUCCACCGGCCACAUUGCAAUUGUUCCAGACAUAAAAGUCAAAAGCAGCGGCCCAACAACACUUCGGGACACCCUCCGUCGUCAGGCCAGCCCACCCCACCGGCCCCUAAGCACAAGCUGGCCGAGAAGCUGGAAAAGGUCGAGAAGCAGCAGAAGAGGCCACAAACACCCUUUCACCAUCGCAACUCUGUGAGCGACGAACAGCCACUGGAGCCUCAGACUCAGAGGCUUUGUUUGCGAGCGCAGGAAGAGGGCUCAUACCCCAGCCUGCAUCAUAUGGACACCACGGCGCCCCCCAAAGCACCCACGCUCCACACCCAUGGCCCCCCGGCCGACUUAGUCGGCUCGCCGCCACCCCCGCCUCUCAGCCCACACCCUUGCGAUCAUGCUGAGGGCAACAUGACUCCAAGUGGCAUGAAGAACUCCACACCCAUUCACCAGCCUUUCUAUCCCCCUUCAGUGGAACCUUGUUUGGUGCCACAAAAGAGCUCGUCUGAGGAGCCCCCUCCUGAAAAUAUGCCCUUACCUCUGCCUUUCCCCCCACCUUUUAAUGAAACCUUGGAGCCCACUGUCUUCAUCGGUUCUGCUGUCAACCCCAAUGAAGAUUCCGGACACAACCCCUGGAAGUAUUUUAACUUGCCGAAGAAGAAGGCUGCCGUCUUUCACACGCCUCUCCUACCGAUUGACAAAGUACGAGAUGACUCUGGAAGCGCCGCUGGCGUAGAAAGCGUUGUGUCUGUUACAGAGUUGAUGGCAGGCUCCAUGAAGCCUCUGAAAGUUUCCAGGGACCUUGUGAAGACCUACGCCCAGAGGAGGAACACGUACCUCUCUUGCGCCACUGUGGACGGUGACCACAGCGAGGAGCCAGACCCUUAUGCCUUUGUCGAGGGGGACGAAGAGUUCAGUUUCACGGAAAAGAGGGACAAGUCUGGAGCUGAGAGGGACGGAUGCAAAAAACACAAGCUGGAUGAUGGUUCAGGAGCUUCAGCUGAUGGUAAGUGACCACCAGGUAGUAAACCAGCCGCCUCAACCAGCCUCAUCCACGAGAACGAUUUGGCAGUGUCCUACAGUGAUUUGGAUAAAAUUUUCAAUUCGGAUGAAGAUGAGCUAACGCCUGGAGCCAAAAGAGCUGGAGCAGGUGUAGAUGACAAGUUACUCUCCAAAGAAACAAAACCCACCUCUUUGGACCCCUUGUCAUGUAUAAGCACGGCAGAUCUGCACAAGAUGUUUCCCACCCCUCCCUCUCUUGAGCAACAGGGUUACUCCCCCAUGAACUCAGGGAGCAAGGACAGCUUGGAAGCGGGGGCAGGUCUCACCUCACUGGAUGGGAGCCAGCUUAACAACAACUUCAAGAUGGAAGUGGAGGAGGGAUUCUGCAGCCCCAAGCCCUCUGAAGUAAAGGACUUUUCCUUCGUGUACAAGCCAGAGACAAGUCAGCCGUUCAUCGGUUGCUCCAUGUACGCCCCCCUGAAGACUCUGCCCAGUCAGUAUCUGUUGCCGAUCAAACUGCCGGAGCACAAAUGUGUGUAUAUGCGCAACUGGAACAUUGGCAAAAUGGAGCUGAUGCCACCGGUGGCGACUAAAGAUGGGGAGAACCGUAGUGUGGAGCCUGAGGACAUCCAAAGCCACACCCCUCAGACCCACACACCUGUGAUGUCCAGCAGCGCUCCUCCCAGCAACAGCGGCACGGGCAUCCUCCCUUCCCCGGCCACACCCCGCUUUUCUGUACCCACACCUCGCACUCCGCGAACGCCCCGGACACCCCGCGGACCCUCCAGCGUCCAGGGCUCGCUCAAGUAUGACAACUCGGACCUCUACUCCCCCGCCUCCACUUCUUCCACCUGCCGGCCACUCAGCUCCGUGGAGCCGGCCACUGUUCCCUCCAUACCGGAGGCCCAUAGCCUUUACGUCACGCUCAUCCUCUCAGAGUCUGUUAUGAACCUCUUCAAAGACUGCAACUUUGACAGCUGCUGCGUGUGUGUCUGCAACAUGAACAUCCGCGGGGCUGACGUGGGCGUGUACCUGAAGGAUAACGGGGAGGCCCAGUACCCGUGCACGUGCGGCUUCAGCGCCGUAGCAAAUCGCCGCUUUGGCCAGUCAGCCGGGCUCUUUCUGGAGGACGAGCUGGACGUGGUCGGGCGUGGCUCGGACGCCAGUCGCGACACGGAGCGCUGCUUCGAAGAGCAGCGGGCAUCUGCGAAACACAAGUCCUGCAGUCUGAAGGAGAAACCACCGGAUGAGCUCAUUCUACUGUUACAGGACCAGUGCACCAACCCAUUUGCCCCGAUGGCGGGCGUGGAGUACCCCAAAUUGAGCUCUGCCCCCAGCUCUUUUGUAAGGGUGGAGGAGAGAGACUGUUAUAAUGACUGCUACAUGGCACUGGAGCACGGCAGGCAAUUCAUGGAUAACAUGUCAGGAGGCAAAGUGGAUGAAACACUAGUGAAAAGCACCUGUCUUCAUCAGUGGCCAAAAUGCAAAUCAGCGGAUAUGAACAAGCUGUUCUCUCAGGAUGUACUGCGGGUGCUGUUGUCCCUUCAGCCUGUCUUGCAGGAUGCCAUUCAAAAGAAGAGGAGUGUGCGUUCGUGGGGGGUGCAGGGACCCCUGACCUGGCAGCAAUUCCACAAGAUGGCCGGGAGAGGGUCUUAUGGUACAGAUGAGUCUCCUGAGCCACUGCCUAUCCCUACAUUUCUGGUGGGCUAUGAGUACGAUUUUGUGGUACUGUCCCCAUUUGGCUUGCCCUACUGGGAAAAGCUCCUCCUGGACCCCUUUGGCUCCCAGAGGAAUGUCGGGUUUGUCGUCAUCUGCCCAGAAAGUGAAACGCUCAUCAACCGCGCUAAAACCUUCUUCAAAGAUUUGAGCGCCAUGUAUGAGGCUUGUCAGCUGGGGCAGCACAGACCCAUCUGCAAAAGCUACACCGACGGCAUCCUGAAGGUGGGCAGCACGGAAGGCAGGAGCAUGGCCGAGCAGCCUCUGAGUGACUGGUUCCUCAAGAUGGCCGCCAGAGACGCCAACAACGAGGCCUUUAUUAAACUUAGACUCUUUGCUCAAGUUUGCCGCUACGAUCUAGCUCCCUACUUGUCAGAGCAAUCUCUGGACAGCUCGCUCCUCUCACAGCGCAACCCAGGUUCAACAUCUUCACAGAACUCUGCCUCUUCCAGCACCACUUCAGGACACCCGAGCACCACCAUCAACAGCACGGCUCAGCCGCCCAAUCCCCCUGGCCCCCAGGCCAUGGCCGGGUUGGUGACGUCCAAGCCGGGGGCCUACCCCCAGUUUGGUGCCGGUGGGUUGCAGGGUAGCGCGGUGCAUAAUGGCCCCCAGUCGAACCAGCAAGGCCAGAAUGCAGAAAAUGCUGCUGCUGCUGCUGCUGCUGCUCAGAGCUCGACUGAGGCACCAGAGAGCACAAUGGACAGAGACAAAGUGGGCAAGCCAACAGACGGCGAGUCCCAUGCCAUCUCCUACCCGCCUGCCAUCGUAGUGUACAUCGUGGACCCGUUCAGCUACACGGAAGUCGACCGCGAGGUCAACUCUAGCGCCUACACGUUAGGCCUCUUGCGCUGCUACAUGGAGAUGCUUCAGUUCCUUCCCGCUCGCAUCAGAAACGCCGUCUCGGUGCAGAUCGUUCCAUGCCAGUACCUCCUGCAGCCAGUACACAGUGGUGAGCGGCACCUGUAUGGCCAGCACCUCAAAUCGCUCGCCUUCUCUGUCUUCACGCAAUGUCGGCGGCCCCUGCCCAACUCCACCAACUUUAAGGCUCUGACAGGCUUUGGUCCUGGCCUUGCCAUCGAUAUGGCGCUCAAGAACCCGGAGAGGCCAGAGUGUCUCCGUCUGUACACCCCUCCCUUUAUUCUGGCGCCGGUGAAGGACAAGCAGACUGAGUUAGGCGAGACGUUUGGGGAGGCGUCGCAAAAGUACAACAUCCUCUUUGUGGGCUACUGCCUGUCUCACGACCAGCGCUGGCUGCUGGCCUCCUGCACAGAUCAGCACGGCGAGCUGCUGGAGAGCUGCAUUAUCAGCAUCGACGUGCCCAACAGGGCUCGCAGGAAAAUGGGCUCCGCCCGGCAACUGGGUCUACAAAAGCUUUGGGAUUGGUGUCUGGGCCUGGUGCAGGUGACGUCCCUGCCAUGGAGGGUCGUAAUUGGUCGCCUGGGGAGGAUGGGUCACGGUGAACUGAGAGAUUGGAGUAUUCUGCUGAGCAGAAGGAACCUUCAGUCCCUCAGCAAGCGUCUCAAGGAGACGUGCCGCAUGUGCGGCAUCUCUGCCGCAGACACUCCUAGCAUCCUUAGCGCCUGCUUGGUCGCCAUGGAGCCCCAGGGCUCCUUCGUAGUCAUGCCAGAUUCGGUGUCGACGGGCUCCGUAUUUGGCCGCAGCACUACGCUCAACAUGCAGACAUCCCAGCUGAGCACACCGCAGGACACGUCGUGCACGCACAUUCUAGUGUUCCCCACCUCUGCUAUGGUGCAAGUCAACACCAACACGUCAGAACCCAUUGACAUCAACUUCAACCCGAUCAACCCAGAUGGCUCUGACGGAAUGAAUAUCCUGGACUUGUUCGACAAUGUGGACCCGGACAUCAUCAGUAUCCUGCCUAACUUGCCCACCACCUCCCCUGUUCACUCGCCUGGCUCGCACUACCACCAAGGCGGCGACGGGAUCAAGGGUCAGAGCACGGAUCGCAUGGAGUCACACGAGGAGGCAUUGAACAUCCUGCAGCAGCCGAUGGCGCUAGGCUACUUUGUGUCCACCGCCAAGGCCGGCCCGCUUCCAGACUGGUUCUGGUCAGCCUGUCCUCAAGCUCAGAACCAGUGUCCUCUCUUCCUCAAGGCUUCUCUGCACCUGCACGUGUCGUCUGUCCAGUCCGACGAGCUUCUGCACAGUAGACACUCCCACCCCCUCGACUCCAACCACACCUCCGAUGUCCUCAGAUUUGUCCUGGAGCAGUACAACGCCCUCUCCUGGCUGACGUGCGACCCUGCAACCCAGGAUCGCCGCUCCUGUCUGCCCGUUCACUUCGUGGUGCUGACGCAAAUGUACAACUUCAUCAUGAACAUGCUCUGA